GCCGCGUCGCGUACUAUACACCUUAUCGCGAGUGAUACCUAACACCAUCACAGCUGAUUGUAAGCGCAAGAAACAGAAAUAAAGACAACGAACAAGCACGUAAGAAGCGUCUUCUUUUUCUUAUACACCGAGCCGAACCAUCACAUUUGGGUCCCAACCCUUCAGGCAGAACGAUCCCAACUACCGAUGGGAAAGAAUUCCCAAAACGAGCAAACGCUCACAACAGAAGAUUUUGGAUGAGACCUAUCAAUGAAAAUAGAAUUCAACAAGGAGAUUAUCUUGCAUUAUUUCAAGAACUAAAAGAUAAUAGUAUAAUGUUUUUCCGCUACACUAGAAUGACAGUAGAUACAUUUUACAUGUUAUUAGAAAUGAUAUCUCCAAAACUUCAGAAACAUCAUUGGAGAGCUUUACCACCAGAAUUACGUUUGUCUGUAACACUUAGAUACCUAGCAACAGGAGAUCAUAUACUAUCGAUAGCACUAGCAUAUUGUAUUGGAGAAUCAACAGCAUAUGCUAUUAUAAAAGAAACUACUGAAGCUAUUGUAAAUGUGUUAUUACCUCGUUUUGUGCAGCCGCCAUCUGAAACUGAAUAUAAAAAAAUAAGUACAGGAUUUCUUGACAAUUGGAAUUUUCCAAAAUUGUCUUGGUUCAAUUGAUGGCAAACAUUGCAUUAUUCGAGCUCCUUUACAAUCUGAUAGUUUAUACUAUAAUUAUAAAAAAACAUUUAGUGUAGUAUUAAUGGCUGUUUGCGAUCACAAUUAUAAAUUUACCUUAGUUGAUGUUGGAUCGUAUGGUAGUCAAAAUGAUGCAAGUAUAUUUUCUGAAUCAGAAUUUGGAAAAUCUCUUAAAGAAGGAAAAUUGAAUGUGCCAAAAGGAAAAGUCAAACUACCAGGAAGUGAUAAAUUAACUGAAUAUUUUUUUAUUGAAGACGAAGCAUUUCCAUUAUCAACAAAUUUUAUGAGACCUUUUCCGA